AUCAAAAACCCACCGGACCACCUGAUAAAUUUAAUGAAAAUCUUUUUUAUUGUAAGAAUAUGUAAAUAUAAUGGUUUUAAUGGCGUUAUUGGUUUGUUUUACCCUAGACGAAGGGGCAAAUGAAUUGCGCGAAAACGAUAACAUUGGAAAUACUCCUUUUUCCGAUGGAGAUUGUGAUAAAGUUUAUGUUUUUAGGGUUCUUGAUUUGUUAUUCUGUUCUUGAUUCUGUUUCUGCAAUGGAUAGUCUCUUAUCGCCCAAGGGUGUUAACUAUGAAGUUGCUGCGCUAAUGUCAGUGAAGAACAAGAUGAAAGAUGAGACAGAGGUUUUGUCUGGUUGGGAUAUAAAUUCUGUUGAUCCUUGUACUUGGAACAUGGUUGGUUGCUCCUCUGAAGGCUUCGUCGUUUCUCUAGAGAUGGCUAGUAAAGGAUUAUCAGGGACAAUAUCAACUAGUAUUGGGGAACUAUCUCAUCUUCAAACACUGUUACUGCAGAAUAAUCAGUUAACCGGUCCAAUACCUUCCGAGUUAGGCCAACUUUCUGAGCUUGAAACACUUGAUCUCUCUGGGAACCGGUUUAGUGGAAAGAUCCCAGCUUCUUUAGGGUUCCUAACUCACUUGAACUACUUGCGGCUUAGUAGGAAUCUAUUAUCCGGGCAAAUCCCUCAUCUCGUCGCUGGCCUCUCAGGUCUUUCUUUCUUGGAUCUCUCUUUCAACAAUCUAAGCGGACCAACUCCAAGUAUAUUAGCAAAAGACUACAGGAUUGUAGGAAAUGCAUUCCUUUGUGGUUCAGCUUCCCAAGAGCUUUGUUCAGAUGCUACACCUGUGAGAAAUGCGUCUGGUUUGUCUGAAAAGGACAAUAGUAAACAUCACAGCUUAGUGCUCUCUUUUGCAUUUGGCAUUGUUGUAGCCUUCAUCGUCUCUCUAAUGUUCCUCUUCUUGUGGGUGCUUUGGCGUCGAUCACGUCUCUCAAGAUCACAUGUGCAGCAAGACUAUGAAUUUGAAAUCGGGCAUCUGAAAAGGUUCAGUUUCCGUGAAAUACAAAACGCAACAAGCAAUUUCAAUCCAAAGAACAUUCUUGGACAAGGAGGAUUCGGGAUGGUUUAUAAAGGGUAUCUCCCAAAUGGAACCGUUGUGGCGGUUAAAAGAUUGAAAGAUCCAAAUUAUACAGGGGAAGUUCAGUUUCAAACCGAAGUCGAGAUGAUUGGCUUAGCUGUUCAUCGUAAUCUUCUUCGUCUAUUUGGUUUCUGUAUGACCCCGGAAGAGAGAAUGCUUGUGUAUCCAUAUAUGCCUAAUGGAAGUGUCGCUGAUCGUCUGAGAGAUAGUUAUGGAGAAAAGCCGUCUCUAGAUUGGAAUCGAAGGAUAUGCAUUGCGCUUGGUGCAGCUCGAGGGCUUGUUUACUUGCACGAGCAAUGUAAUCCAAAGAUUAUUCACAGAGACGUCAAAGCUGCAAAUAUUCUACUUGAUGAGAGCUUUGAAGCAAUUGUUGGCGAUUUUGGUCUCGCAAAGCUUUUAGACCAGAGAGAUUCACAUGUCACAACCGCGGUUCGAGGAACUAUUGGACACAUUGCUCCUGAGUACCUUUCCACUGGACAAUCUUCCGAGAAAACCGAUGUUUUUGGAUUCGGGGUAUUGAUUCUUGAACUCAUAACGGGUCAUAAGAUGAUUGAUCCAGCCAAUGGUCAGAUUCGAAAAGGAAUGAUAUUGAGUUGGGUAAGGACGUUGAAAGCAGAGAAAAGAUUUGCGGAGAUGGUGGACAGAGAUUUGAAGGGACAGUUUGAUGAUUUGGUAUUGGAGGAAGCUGUGGAGUUGGCUCUGCUUUGUACGCAGCCACAUCCGAAUCUAAGACCGAAGAUGUCUGAAGUCUUGAAGAUUCUUGAAGGUUUAGUGGAACAGUCUGGUUAUGAGCAGACACAAAGUGGGUAUGAAGCUAGAGCUCCGAGUGUUUCUAGGAAUUACAGUAAAGGUCAUGAGGAGAAUUCGUUUAUAAUUGAAGCCAUUGAGCUCUCUGGACCACGAUGAGACUUGAAAACUAACUAUAUCAAAGUGUGAUUGGUUGGGUUUUCUAGUUUUCUUGUCAUUGUUAAUUUCUGUUUUUGGUCACUCUUUCCAUUCUUUUGUUCCAAGAAUAAAAAAUGAUGAU